AUGCGUCUUUCUCUUCUCCUCGCGGGCGCCAUUAACCUGGUCGCCACGCAGGCCAUCUCAGCCUCGCGCUGUACCCCGGAGACCUUCACUCCUCACCUCAGCUCCAACGCCUCCCUGGUCUAUGCCGUUCCUUACGGACCCAACGACACCUUCGUUGGUCCCCUGAGCAACUACACCGACCUCCCCGAGUACUGUGCCGUGUACGUCAACGUCAGCUCGUCCGCCACCAGUUCCUAUGAGUUCGGUCUUUGGCUGCCCAUCAACAACUGGAACAAGCGCUACAUCGCCUACGGAAAUGGCGGCUUCACCGGUAUGGUGCAGUUCUCCGACAUGGCUCCCGGUCUGUUCUACGGCUUUGCUACGGUCUCCACGAACACCGGCCACAACUCCUCCGUGACGGAGGCCGGCGUUGCUCCCUGGGCUCUCAACAACCCUGAGACCCGUACCGACUGGGGCUGGCGUGCUCUCCACGGCUCCGUCGACCUUGGAAAGGACCUGACCGAGGCCUUCUACUCCGAAGACAUCAGCUACUCCUACUACUCCGGAUGCUCCACCGGUGGUCGUCAGGGCCUGAAGUCCGUGCAGAUGUUCCCCGACGAUUUUGACGGUGUCCUUGCCGGUGCCUGCGCGUGGUGGACCUCUCACCUGCAGAACUGGGAUCUCAAGGUCGCCACCUACAACCUCCCCAACAACGGCAGCCACCACAUCACCGCGGACCAGAUCGACGUCCUGGCUGACGAGGUCCUGCGCCAGUGCGAUGGUGUCGACGGUGUCGAGGACAAGAUCAUCAUGAACGGAUACGCCUGCAACUUCCGCCCCGAGGCUCUCCUUUGCGACUCCCCCAACGCCAACACCUCCACCUGCUUCACGGCCGACCAGAUCGACACCGUCUACAAGAUCUACAGCCCCUGGGUUGAGACCAACGACAGCUUCGUCUUCCCCAGCUUCGCCUACGGCUCGGAGACCCAGUUCUCCGGCAUGAUCAUCACCGCCGACGAGGACGAGGACGCCCCCAGCGGUAUCGCCUACCCCCGGGACUUCGUCUACAACGACGCCAACUGGCCCUGGCAGAACCUGGACUUCUCGACCAUCCAGCUCUCCGACCAGCUCGACCCCGGCAACGCCACGGCCGACGACUUUGACCUCCGUCCCUUCCAGAACAGGGGCGGCAAGCUCAUGCACUACCACGGUUUCGCGGACGGCGAGAUCCCCACCGGCUCCUCCAUCUACUUCUACAACCAGGUCCUGAAGGCCCUCGCCCCUCUGGGCAUCCAGCUCGACGACUUCUACCGCUUCUUCCUGAUCCCCGGCAUGGAGCACUGCCAGGACUCCGUCCACGACGCCCCCUGGUACAUCGCCUCCGCGAUGCAGCCCUCCUCCCUGACCCCCUCCAACGUCUGGAGUGUGCCGGGAUUCCGUGACCGCAAGCACGAUGCCGUCCUGGCCCUGAUCGCCUGGGUCGAGGAGGGUAUUGCCCCCGAGGAACUCAUCGCUACCAAGUUCGUUGACGACGAUGUUUCCGAGGGUGUCCAGGCCCAGCGUCGUAUCUGUGUCUACCCCGCCGAGGCCAAGUACGUUGGCGGAAACUGGAACGAGACCAGCUCUUUCGAGUGCAAAUACUAAAUAGGUGACUCGCUGAGGCUUUGCGGUGGUCUUCCCACUGAGCUUGAGUUGACUC